AUGGCUGCAAAAGAGACGAAUAGAAUGGGAGUCAUCAACGACCUCUCAAAGCAGGGCAGACGGUCCCGGAUUCGAUGGCCAAAGGGAAAGAAAUUCAAGUCUUUCACUUGUAAGAGACUGGAGGAGGAGAGAGAUAGAGCCGUCCAAGAACUCAGUGAGAUUCAGCAAGUGUCCCAGUUGGUCAUCAAAGAAGUCAGUGCCAUUCAGGAAGACCUGGAGAUUGAGAGGACGUGUAGAGAAAGUGCCGAAGCCCUGGCCUCCAAGCUGAACCAUCAAAACCGCUCUCUGAAGAGGAAAAGCAUGAUGCUUCUGUCACACCUCAGCCCAGACACCAUUGCAGAGAUCAAUCUGGAAGAUGAGGAGGAGGAAGAGAAGGAGGAAGAUGGAAAAGACUCAGUCCCUAGCAGAAGUUGCCUCUCACCUUACUGCCAUACAACUAUCUCAGAGCUAAACUGCAAGCUGGAGUUAUUGCAAAAGGACAAGGAUCAAGCAGUGGAAGAUCUUCAGGCAGCCAGGCAACAACUGGGGGAAAUAAAUGAAGAGUUGCUGAAAGAGAAACACGAUAACACCGUUUUAAUUGCUGAGACGCUGCGUCAGAAGAAGCUGCUGGGGAAAUAUAACAGAGUGUCUCAGCUGGCCGUCGAGGAGUACCAGGUCUUACAGACCACGCUGAGCCUGGAGCAGGAUCUGAGAACAGAGGCUGAGAACUUUGGCAGAGCAAUGUUGGUUGAGCAAAAGAAACUAAAAAGACAGAGUCAGAUCCUCAUGCAGAACUGUUCACCCUCACAAGCUCUGCAGGAAGCUCUCAGCCAGGUCACCAGUCUGACCCAGCAACUAGAAUCACAGAGGCUACAGCACCAGAGCCAGAUGAAGAAGAUGGAGGAGAGACUCCGCAGCUGUGACACUCAGAGAGAGUUGGCGGCUUUGAGGCGCAAACUUGAGCUCGUGGAGGAGGAGAAAAGGGAGUGCGGUGAUAAAUGCUCCAAGUCUGAAGUGGAGGUCAAGGAUCUGCGGUUUACUGUGGAGGAGCUCCAGAAGAAGCUUAGGGGAGCUACAAAUCCUCCUCCGACCCCAGCGCCGCCUCCUCCUCCUCCUCCCCCUCCGCCACCACCUCCAGCCCAGACUUCAGCGUCCAAUCCGCUGAGCUCACUGUUGUCAAUGAUCCGGAAGAAGAGGGACAUCAGUGCUGACAUCCCUCUAGUGGUCCAGGACCCUGCCAAUACCCCAGGUCCAGACAUAAGGCAGCAGGCUGUGGACGAAAUGAUGCAAAGAAUCAAGAAAGGUGUACAGCUCCGACCAGUGGGAAAGCGACCGCCCAACCAACCCAGGAAACAGUUGCAGAGGCUGCCGUCCAAUUCUGCCAUUCAAGAACUUAAAGGAAUCAUGGAGACUUUCCAUAAAACCUCCUUUCAACCGAAGGCGGCACAUCAGUCAACCAACCAUGACAACGAGCUGCAGAGGAUCCUGAUCCGAAGGAGAGACAAACUAGAGACCCCGCCACAACACCAAUCUCCACUCCGUCCUCUCUCCUGCAAUGUGACGGGGGACACCUGAGGUUGGUCCCUGAAAUUACAGAUUAUUUCUGGAUGCUUGGGCAAAGGAGGGGGGGAAGGGGGGGGUUGAAGAUGCCGAAUCCAGUGCAGCGUGUUUUUGUGACCAAACGGUCAGUCUGGUGGUCACUGUCUCGAAAAGUAAUGUUUUAUUUAAUCCAUUGUGAAACAUUUUAUAUCCUUGAUUUUUUUUUGUAAUAAUAAUAAUAAUAAUGUUUAUAUAUAUUGCAUCGUUGAGAAAAUUAACAUUUUGACUCCCUUAAAAUCUAGUCUUAUUAUAUAGGACUAACUGAGAGGUGUCAAACUCAAAAGGGUCAAAAUCAAAAACUGUGACAAUGUUAUGGCCCGAACCCAAUAUUAAUUGGAAAAUGAAUUAUAAAUAAUAAUGUUUUCCCUACCCCUCGAGAUACAGUAUGUAAUGUAGAAUUUUUUUUUUUGGCAAACAAACUUUAGUUUUGCGUAAACAUUCAAUCGGGAACGCCCAAAUCUUAAUAUUAAAAAACACAUGUGAAAUUAAAUUUGAAAGAAGACACACAUAGGUGGUAUUUGUUUCUUAUUCAGAGGUAUCUAUCUAUCUCUAACCUUUUUGAGUUCCUUCACAGGCCAACAAAAAAAACAAAAAAACAACUCCACACGCCUGAGUUUGGCACCAGUGAACUAACUGGUCCAAAGUUCUCCUUUUAUUUCUUUUACUAAAGAAAAUUCUAUUUUCUUUAGCAUGACAGAAAAAAAUCGCGAAUCACUGAUCUGAACAAAUGGAAAAUGUAUGUUCGACUUGUCGAGCGCUUACUGGGAAUCAUAUCGUAACAUAAAGUAAACAAUGGAGAUCCACUUGUAUGGAGGACACUGAAUGUUUUCACUGGGUCCUUUGGAGACGAGACAAAUAUUGUAGUAUGACGUGAGAAAGAAGUAUUUGUAUUUCUUGUAUGCUUAAAUGAAUGUUGAGCUCUUUCGAAAUCCAACGCACCUCCUUUAGUC